AUGUCAAGAAAAGCAUACUAUUAUGCUGUAAGAAAAGGCCAAAACAUAGGAAUCUACCACUCAUGGAAUGACUGUCAAAGACAGGUCUCUGGUUAUUCCAAUGCUGAGUUUAAGAAGUUUUCCAGCGCAGCAGAAGCUCAAGACUAUUUGAACCAAAGCUCAAUUGAUAAAACGGCUAGUAGUCGAAACAGUUCAACUCACUCAUUACCUUUCACAUCUACUAAUCGGCUUCUUACUUCGAACAGUGGCGUCUCUAAAGUCACCAAACCAAUAAAUCACGGGGUCGCUACAAAUCAUGGCCCAUUGCUGAAUCGUGAACUGAUUUCUGAUGAACUAUGUUUCAACCAUGAAAUAAUCUACACUGAUGGCGCCACGCGGGGAAAUGGAAAAUUUGGUGCAAAGGGCGGUUACGGGGUAUUCUUCAAGGAGAAUGACCUUAGAAAUAUUUCGAAGCCAUUGACUGGAGUCCAGACUAAUCAAAGGGCUGAACUUUCAGCGGUUAGGGAUGCUUUGAUCAUUAUUGAAAAAGAUUUAGCAAGUGGGUCAAAAAAGCACUACACAAUCAGGACAGAUUCACGAUACACAAUAAACUCCAUCACCAAAUGGGUCACUAAAUGGAAGCAGAACGAUUGGAGAACUGCAACAGGCCCUGUACAAAACAGAGACCUAAUAGAACCCUGUACAAAUCUUAUCGAAUCUGUCAAUUCGAAAUAUAAGGAGCUAGGUAUGCCCCCUUUGAACAUUGAAUACGUGAAAGGCCACUCCGGGGAUUAUGGGAAUGAAAUGGCCGACAAACUGGCCACUGCUGGAGCUGAUAGAGCUUAA